AUGUCUCCUCUGACGCAAUGUCCAGGCAAUUUGAUGCUGUACAGUGCCCGACUUGCAUGGAGUUUGUCUUCAGAGUUGCGUCGCAGUAAAAGCCCACCGCGUCGUUCGCCAGAAGAGCGGGCGGUCCCGCGGCCGCCAUCUGCGCCCGCGCACCAUGACCGGUCGCAUGCGCCGCAUCUAUCGCCAAAAAAAGAAGCUUUCAAUAAUCUACUCAAUAAGGGCAUUUCUGGUAAAACCCUGCCAGUUCAUUGCGUUGUGGAAGCAGUAUCAUCCCUCGAGGAAGGUGCAUGGAGACGACGAGCCGUAGUAGAGACAGACAGUUACGUCAUCAUUCCAGCGGCCACUGCUUUCCACGAAUUGGUACCAGCCGCCAUGAUGAGGCUUGGAUAUCCUCACGAAUUGGCUGCUUCAGCUAAAGGAUCAGUAGUUAUAAACAAUUGGAAACCCUUAACAUUUGAACGUAUAUCUGAUGGACCUCUGGCCACCGUUGGUGAAGUCUUAGGAGAAUUGACAACUGUGGCGACUCUAAGAAUUCAGUUGCUGAGACCACGGCUGACACCGCUUCAAGACAUUAAGGACAAGUUACUGAGGCUGCUUUUGGUGCAGAGUAGACCAUUACUGAUGUCUACUGGGUGUCCUUUAGAUGAGGUGACACUGGCACAAAUCUGUAGGGGUCAAGAUAGGACGCCUGGACCUCAUAACUUUCAUGAACCGACGGAAGAGACCCGACGGAAAUUUGAAUCGUGGUGGUCCGCCCAGGUUUCGCCUCGACCGCCACCGUUUAGUCCACGCCGGUACCCUUCACCAGGCCCAAAGAACAGAUCGCCGACGCUAAACACGAUCCCCGAUCAUUUACAUCCUGCUCUGCAAACUGUUCAAAGUCAAUACCCCACACAGAAAACAAGGAUGAGGACUAGCUUUGAUCCAGAACUUGAAUUGCCCAAGCUUCAGCGUUGGUUUUCCGAAAACCAACAUCCAAGUAGACAACAAAUUCAACAAUAUGUUCGCGAGUUGAACAAUUUAGAGUCGAGAAGAGGAAGGAAACCAUUAGACGUUAAUAAUGUCGUAUACUGGUUCAAAAACGCACGAGCUGCGCAGAAACGUGCAGAAUUACGUAAUAUUAGCGGAUUGGGAGGUCAUCUUGGUAUGAACGGUUUCAACAGCAGAAGUCACAGUCCAUCUAACGGUUCUUUACUCACUGGAAAUGAGAACUUUUCACCUCAUGACCAUAACUUGUUGAAGAGCCCCAUGGGCCAGCUGUCUGGGAGCCCAGGAAGAUAUCCUAUGUCAGUUAUGUCUGAAGAUAACCUGUCAAAUGCUGGAUCUGAUUUAGAAGACGAUGGCGUGGACAUGAAUAACGAUGAUAGGCCGGAGAGCCCAGACGCACCAUUAUCUCUCAUUACAACAAAGAAAAACAACAAUGAAAAUGAGAAAGAAGACUCAUCAAAGGAAUCACCCAAACCGCCAGAUAUUAUAAAGGUACACGACAUCAAGCAAGAGCCGCGUGAUCUCUCGAAGCCGGAACAAAUGCAUUCACCACAUCGGUCACCGGCCAAAAACAGUGACAGUUCGCACAACAAUAAUAACAACAACAACGACGACGAAAACGGUAUUGUCGACGAGCAGGAUUUGGCUUCGGACGACGAAGUUGUCCAAGAACGGCACUACAGACCAGCGUCACCGCACCUCGACCGUCUGCCGUUCCCCAUGGUGCCUAAUCAUCCUAUGUUCAGCCACGGAAUUAUGUAUAUGAGCCAAUACAUGAGUGGCUUCCCCGGAGUAGGACCUGUGCCCGGUGAGGGCGCGAGCGGCCUGAAUCUCGCUUUGGCCGGCGCCUCCGACGAACGGCGCAAACGCAACCGAACCUUUAUAGAUCCUGUAUCAGAGGUCCCCGUCCUCGAACAGUGGUUCUCGAUGAACACACACCCAUCACAUAACCUCAUUUUAAAAUACACAGAAGAGCUAAACAGGAUGCCGUACAGGCAAAAAUUUCCGAGGCUCGAGUCAAAAAACGUACAGUUCUGGUUCAAGAAUCGGCGAGCGAAGUGUAAGAGAUUGAAGAUGUCACUCUACGAGCCGACGUCCCCCGGCCACUACCACCCGGGCCAUCCGCACGCUAUGGCCGAACGAAAAAUGGUCUGA